UGCCUGGGAGAGAGUAACGUGUAGCCCGUUUACGUGAGAAAACCUGUUUCCAGCCUUCCCUCCUUCACGGAAACAAACUGAAACACACACCCCAAGAAAAGCAAAAACGCACGGAUGUGCCGCUUGUUCCAGGAGGGGGGGAGUAAACCUCCUCCCAGCGCUGUCACAUUCAAACAGGCAACGGUGCGAGGUUGCCAGUUUGGCGCUAUCCCCCCCUCUUCCUCCCUGCUCCUUUAAAUUGGACCUUUGGAGCUGUAGCUUGGGGCUGAUUUGCAUUAUUCCAUUGUUUGUGGAGCUGAAGCUGAAGCCGCCGUCACUCCGCGCGGGAAUAAAGGGACUUCGCCCGCAGCUCCGGGGACAGACUUUAGAGGGCAGCAGAUUGUCACCUCAAACAACUUGGCGUUUGGAGCCAUUCAUCUUCCCCUCUACACUGACCAGAGCUCCUGUCCGGCCUGUGGCAUGAUGUAGCACUUCAAGAAGCGUACCAGUGUCAUUCCUCCACUAAAGCAAGAGCCAAAGCAGAGGUGGAUUAUUAAACAAUGGAUGACACAACAGUCACUGACCUCAAAGAGUCAACAUUGGAGCAGUCAGUAAAUCGGAUUUACACUCAUAAACCUGGGACCACCAGGCUGGAAGAACCACACAGCAGAUUUAUCUUCCUUUGAUUUGAAAGGAAUCUGCAAAGAAGUCACAUUGGUGGAUUUAAUUAAGGACGUUUUUGACUGAAACCUCGAGUUGUCUGAAAAAUAACCGCACCAGUGUAAGUCAUUUUGACGCCGUGUUUUGACACAUCUGAGUCACCUGUACCAUGUGGUCAAUGGGCUUGCUUUUUUCUCACACCUUUUGGACUCUAGAUUUAUCGUGAUGCUGCUUUUCUCUGUUGCACUCUCAGAGUUUCCCACAAGCGGAUUUUGACUAUUGACAACAUGCCUCUGCUCAAAGUCAGGAAAAUCAGGACUUUUGCUCUCCUUUUUUGUGUGAUUACAUUUACAACUUUCCUGUUCAGCUAUACCUUCCGGGACCCUUCACUCUACUUCUUUAAGUACGCAUUUCGCCUGUCGGACAACUUCUUCUCCAAAGGGCUGUGUGCCUGUCGUCAGUGCAUAGCAGAGCUGGAGGAUGACCCGUGGUUCGCUGAACGCUUUAAUCAGUCCAUCCACCCUCUGAUGACCAGAGAGAACAGUGCCCUCUCGGAUGAAACCUUUAAGUGGUGGCAGUGGUUGCAGUCAGAGAGGCAGCCAGCCAACUUCAACGAAGUGGUGGAGGAGCUGUUCCAAGUCAUCCCCGAUGAGGUGCUUUACAUGGACGCCGGUCCCGAGCGCUGCAGGACUUGCGCCGUCGUGGGGAACUCCGGGAACCUGAAGGGGUCCCAUUACGGUGGCCUCAUCGACUCUAGUGAUUUCAUCAUAAGAAUGAACCAGGCUCCCACCAGUGGUUUUGAGGAAGAUGUGGGCAGCAGGACAACUCAUCAUGUCAUGUAUCCAGAAAGUGCCAUAGACCUGGACAAUAUUACUAGUCUGGUGCUGAUCCCUUUCAAGACUCUGGAUCUGCAGUGGAUUAUUAGUGCUCUGACCACUGGCACUAUUAAACACACAUAUUUACCUGUGAUGUCCAGGAUAAAGGCAAACAAAGAUAAGGUGUUGAUUUACAGUCCAACAUUUUUCAAAUACGUCUACGAAUCGUGGCUUGACAGUCAUGGACGAUAUCCUUCGACCGGUUUCCUCAGUUUGCUGCUCGCUGUCCACAUAUGUGAUGAGGUCAGUGUGUUUGGAUUCGGUGCAGACCAGUAUGGAAACUGGCACCACUACUGGGAGGAGAACCAUUUGGCCGGAGCUUUCCGACACACAGGAGUCCAUGAUGGAGAUUACGAAUAUAAUGUCACCCUGCUGCUGGCAGACAAGCACAAAAUCCGAAUGUUUAAAGGCAGAUGAUACCGAGCCCAUAUGUGCAGCUGGAUGACCACCAAAUGAACCUCAGCAGCCUUUUAAUGUUUGUUACCCACCAAAAGAAGAAUUUUGUUUUUGUUUUAUUUCUUUAUUUUACAGAUUCCAAAGACAUUUUCACUAUUCUGCUCAGCCCAGUUUCCUGUCAUUUACUGAAGUGGCUGUUUAACAAAUGUCACUUCUAUUGUCACACCAGGAGACGAGGACAGGCCAUCCAUAAGACAAAAUCAGCACUGCCAUGGGAGACUGAGCAGACAAUAGUAGAAGGGAGACGAAGAUGUAUGUUAAUAAGCAUGUUAUUAUAAAAAGCUGAAGUUCUACUACAUAGUAUGUGUAUAAUCCAUGUGUCGCUUUUCUAUGUAAUGAUGUCCAGCACUGUGGCCGCCAAAAGCUUUGUAUGCUAAUGAUCAGACCAAGUGCCGUAAUUACCGUUAAUGUGUCAUUCAAUUGCCUCUGUUGCAAACUGUUUAAGUUUAAAUUGAUACCCAAUAAAUGUAAAAGCAUUUAAAGCAAAACCCUACAGACCUAACAUCAAAAUGCAUUUUCACAAUAUGGCAUUGGUUUUUUACUUUGUAGUGAUGGACAUGUGAGAAAUUCUGCUGUUUUUUGUCAGAUCCACCAAUUUUUUAAUGUGCAACCUUCACCAAAUAGCUAUUUAUUAACUUGCUUUCCUGAUUACAGCUGUAAAAUAAAGUUUAAUUACACUAAAGGGGUGCUUAAAAUUGAACCCAAAAUCUAGCCCCAAGAAAUUAUUUUACUACAUUGGGACAUUUACAGAAAACCCACAGGACUACAGCCACAUCUAUGGGAAAUACUUAAGUGUUCAGUCCAAAUGUCAAACACUUUGUCAUCCCUACAUACUAAGUUUUAAAAAAUAACCAUAUAGUCAAUGCUAGAGCAAAAAUUAAGUCUCUAUCAAAAAGAGUCUAAAAAUGAUUAUGCACUUUGUUUUGUGACUAAUAAGCUUCAAUAGUGCUAUGUAUUUCGAGCCAAAUGUUAGCUGUCUAACCUGCUAAGCUAUGAUGGGGAACAUGUUAAACAUUCCUUGUGCUAAUAAUGCUAGCAUUAUCAUAAAGAGCAUUUUAGCAUGCUAGUAUUGAGCCCAAGUUCCCCUGUGUCUCACAGAGCUGCAUAUACCAGCAGUGUAUUCAUUUUCCCACACUUAAUCUUAUUUUCUCCUUAUUUUGUUGAACAUUUGUGGGCUGUAAUGUUUUUUGUGACACCAGUAUGUAUCUCCUAGCAAGUCAGAAUUAGCACGGUGACAAAAAAAUAAUAAGCUAGUUCCUUAGUUGUCACUCUCUGUGCUCGCUGUGCACCGAGGGUACAAAUAAGACUUAGCUUUUUAAUCUUAUUCUUCUUAUUUUGCUGGAUAUUUCUUGACUGUGAUGGUUGAGAAGUAGACACACAAAUCUGAGCUAGCACGCUGGUACUCAUGAGCUACAUUACAGUAUCCACCUCCUCUAUCCUUUGCUUUUUCAGAUAUGUCUCAGUCACAUUGAGAACAAUAGAAUGACAACCUCCUUGUGACUAGGAAAAAUCAGUCAUUGUUUGUACUGAAUUUUUUCAGAUUGGCGACUUAUUUCAAAUAGUUGGGACCAACAACUGGUUGCCUAAAGGUUAAGUGUGUAACAGUCAACAACUUGUAAUUCAAUAGCUUGCCACCAAAAUUAUAUUCUCAUUAUAUCUUUAUAUAAAUGCAAAGUUGCCAAUGUCAUCUUGCAGUUAAAUGACCAUAAUGCAGCAACUACAUCACUAUUUGUGGAGGGAUUUCUGAAUUGUAAAUCCAUGGUUCUGGUUGGCAGUAGCGGUUAAUGUAAAUUUCUGUUUAAUAUGAGUUUCUGUGGAUACAGACAGCAAUGAAUUUGUAUUUUUCACCAGUUUAACACAGUUGAUCACCAUAUUAACAAAAACUGACCGCAUUUAAAUGCUAACUUGACCCCAUUCAAUUGCAAACUGAUAGCAGACUAACUCCAUCUUAUUGCUGUUGCAUUGCCAUCUUUGAAGUCAGCAACUGACUGAGAGUAGUCCCAGACCCAGUCUUUGUUUUCAAAGCAACUUCUUCAAAGGACACCAGUUCAGUCAUUUUCAUUUUCUCUAGUUGUAGUAUUGAAUUUUCUACCCACAGUUUAAGUGUUACAUACCCAGUGUGUAUUAGAAGAGAUGACUGUAAUGAAAAAUCUCUUGAAAUUUUCAUGAAUUAUAUGAAUUAUUUCCAUCUCUUUGACAGAGGGGGUCUGUGCUCUGAGCUACAUAUUCAGAGCACAGACACCACAUUAGACAGGAUGCAGCGUGUGCUUCAGCUGCUUUCACUAAAAAUACCAUAAUGUGGCAGCUUCCUGCGGCUUUAUGUGGCGGUGUGGGCGUGUUAAUAUGUAAAAUGGAACCGAGGUGAAACAGAAAAUAAUGUUUUAUUGCUCUUAUUUGUUCCCGUGAUCACUUCUCUCUCUCUCACCACUAACCACUGUGGCUCUCUCUCGCUCUCUCUCUUGUUGAGCUGAGGUGAAGGGGGUCAGCUUUUGAUGUUUCUCACAAUUUCAGCACAUUGUACAUUUGAAAUUGUAGAAUACCAUCACCAACUUAGUUUCUGUUCUAGACAGAAAGAAAAUUUGGUGUUUGGAAUUUGUUUCUUUUAUUAAAUCUGCUGGGCCAAAAGGACUCUACUGGAGACCUGCAGCUACCAGUGGAUUAAGAGUUGUGUUUUAGCAAAGCAAUCAAUGAGAUUGUGCCAUUGGGUGUGAUGGAAAAAUGAUAGAAAGGUUUUCAGUGUUUGCAGCGUAACACAAACAGCGGGUUCUUUGUCAUCGAUCAUUAACACCUGACAUACGAACCAGCCUAUACAGGGGUGCCUUAUUGUUGAAAUCAGUGAUGUAGUAUACAUUUUUUGACGUAUUAUGUGACACAGUUUGUAAAUGAAAAGUAUGUGUAAAGUGCCUUACAGUUAAAGUGUACUGUAUUGUUGUGUAAAUCUGACACUCAUAUGCUUGGUACACACAGUAUAGCUGUCUCAUUUAUUGUCAGUAAGAUGCCAACAUGUUUUGCACUUUUUGAUGAGGUGUUGCUCUGUUUUGUCCAGAUUUUAUUAGCUUGCUGAUCACACUGAACUCUCACCUUCUUAUUUUUACUCACAGACAUCUGACCUGAAAUGUUGUGCUUGUUCAGAUGAUGCAGGAGUUAGGCUUAGCUGCAGUAACAGGCUAUGAUUUGCUCUGUGUGCCUUGUGACAGAUUAGAGACAUUUGUCUGGCCGGUGUCUUUUCUUCAUUCCCGCACACACGAGCGGGACGGAGACAAACCACAAUUUGGUUUUUCCUGUCACCAUGAAUUCAUUCAGCUGCCACAGAAGACAGCAGUGGUGUGAAUGUGUCAUACAGGGAGCAGGGAAUACUGCCACCUAGUGGACAAAAACGUGGGUCAGCAUUAACGUGUUUUGAUUUGUUAUUAUAUGAUUCAGUAUGAACUGGCACUUUUCAAACUUUAUUCAUUGUUUAUCGUUUAAAUAAACUGUAAGUAGUGCAAUUGUUUCAGUCUUCACACACACACUAGCUGUGAAGAUGGAUGUACGUAAGACUAAGACAAAAAAUAAAGG